AUGAACCUUUUUGGUGUUCUCAAGUAUAAGAAGAUGGGAGAGGACUUUGUUCGUGAUUCUGGUCUUCCGUUUACCAUAAUCAGAGCUGGUAGGUUGACAGAUGGCCCCUACACAUCAUACGAUCUUAAUACUCUGCUCAAAGCUACAGCUGGUGAACGUCGUGCAGUUGUUAUAGGACAAG